CGCCCGCUGCCUCAACCACACUCGCUGUUGUCUCCGAGAAAUCCGUGUGCUACUGUGUGUGAGGACAUGGAUGCCGGUGGUGAGGUCAGGUGCAGUGGAGGAUGGAGUAUUCGAGUGUCUGAACAAUAUUUCACUAGCAUAUGGCGUUGCAAACGAUAUUAAUCUGGCAUAUAUCUUCUGCUGAAGGAAACGGAGGAACAUUGUGUUUGUUUUGCUCUGCAACUCUGUUAUGGAAAUGGUGCUUAUAAUGUCAUUUCGAGUCCUUUUAUAUCAUCGUUUGACUGCACAGACUGGACCCUUUAAGCUACACUGUUUGGGGAUCCUGCUAAAUUCUACCAAAGAUGCUGCAACUUACAUUGGAGAUAAACAAUCUCUUUACUUAAACCUUGUCAACAAUCUCCGGCUACCAAGUGAUGAAAUUCGUGGAGAGAUACUCUUUGUACUAUACAAACUCUCACUGUUAAACGCCACCCCAUGGGAUGACAUAUGUGAUAAUGACAAUGUGGAUCUUUCAGCGAUUGGAAGAAGCUUGCUUCAAUUUUCUCUUGAAGUCCUACUCAAAACCCAAAAUGAUGAUGUUCGCCUGAACUGUAUUGCAUUGCUCCUUACUUUAGCAAAGAAGGGGGCCUUUGACAUUUUACUGCUUAGUGAUCCGAGUUUAAUUAAUUCUGCUGAAGCAGAAGAUAAUGUGCCACUAAAUGAUUCUCUCGUAAUUCUGUUUGCUGAAGCUGUCAAAGGAUCUCUGCUAUCUACUAAUAUAGAAGUGCAAACAGGGACAUUGGAAUUGAUCUUCCAUUUCCUGUCAUCUGAUGCAAAUAUAUUUGUUCUGAAAACAUUGAUAGAUCAGAAUGUUGCUGAUUAUGUAUUUGAGGUUCUCAGGUUAUCAGGUAUGAGGAACCAUCUUCUGCAGUCAUCAAAUGCCUCACAGUUUCUAACCAAGCUGUUAUAUGUUUCAGGAAAUAAUGAUCCACUGGUCAUUUCCUCUAUUAAAGUACUAUCCAUUUUAGCCAAUUCAGAGGAGAGAUUCAAGGAAAAGCUUGCCAUUGCAGUUUCUACUUUACUUCCUGUUCUUCACUAUGUUUCAGAGAUACCAUUUCACCCAGUCCAAUCUCAAGUUUUACGACUUGUUUGUAUUAGCAUAAUUAAUUGUUCUGGCAUUUUGUCGCUGUCCCAAGAAGAACAGAUAGCCUGUACUUUGUCAGCAAUUUUGAGAAGACAUGGAAAUGGUGAACUUGGCAUGAGUUCUGAAACCUUUGCUCUGGUUUGCUCAAUGCUUGUAGAGAUUCUGAAGUUACCAUCUGCUGAUGACAUCCAAAAACUGCCAUCAUUCAUUGUAGAAGCAUCAAAACAUGCAAUCUCUUUGACAUUCUCUCACGAGUAUGAUUGUUUGUUCCUCAUACCACAUUCCCUCCUCCUUCUAAAAGAAGCACUUAUCUUCUGCCUUGAAGGGAAUAAAGAUCAGAUUCUUCGCAAGAAGUCUCUUGAGGAUAGCAUCAUUGAAACCUGUGAAACAUAUUUACUUCCUUGGCUUGAAAGUGCUAUUGUUGAUGGUAAUGAUGAAGAAACAUUGUCCGGCAUCCUUCAGAUUUUCCAAAUUAUUUUAUCAAGGGCAUCUGAUAACAAAUCAUUUAAGUUUGCUGAGAUGCUUGCCUCAUCAUCGUGGUUUAGCUUGUCAUUUGGAUUCAUGGGCUUAUUUCCUACUGACCAUGUAAAAUCAGCAGUAUAUUUGGUCAUCAGUUCAAUUGUUGACAAAGUUUUGGGCAUCAGUUAUGGGGAAACAAUUAGAGAUGCAUGCAUUUAUCUUCCACCUGAUCCUGCAGAGCUGUUGUAUUUACUUGGGCAAUGUAGCUCAGAAGACUUUAACUUGGCAUCAUGCCAAUGUGCAAUUCUUGUUAUAUUAUAUGUUUGUUCAUUCUACAAUGAAAGGCUGGCUGCUGACAAUCAAAUUCUGGCUUCAGUCGAGCAAUACAUUCUUCUCAAUGGUGCGAAGUUCCCCCAUGAAAUCCCAGGCUCUCUGAUGCUUACUCUUCUGGUUCAUCUUUAUGCCUUUGUCAGAGGCAUUUCAUUUAGAUUUGGCAUUCCACAUAGUCCAGAAGCUGAGAAAACACUGUUCCAUGCAAUGACACACAAGGAGUGGGACUUGCUUCUGAUCCGAGUCCAUCUGAUAGCGCUAAAAUGGCUCUUCCAGAAUGAAGAACUUAUGGAACCACUCUCCUUUCAUUUGCUGAAUUUCUGUAAAUUUUUUUGUGAGGACAGAACUGUCAUGCUUUCAAGCAGCACUCAAUUGGUGGACAUACAAUUGAUUGCAGAACUGGUAUAUUCUGGGGAAACCUGCAUCUCGUCUUUGCUGGUAUCCUUAUUGAGUCAGAUGAUAAAGGAGAGUGCAGAAGAUGAGGUCCUAUCAGUAGUUAAUGUUAUUACUGAAAUUCUAGUGUCCUUUCCUUGUACUUCUGAUCAGUUCGUGUCAUGUGGUAUUGUUGAUGCACUUGGUAGCAUAUACCUCUCCCUGUGCUCAUCAAGGAUCAAAUCAGUUUGUUCCUUAUUGAUAUUCAACAUUUUACAUUCAGCAAGUGCAAUGACAUUCACCUGUGAUGAUGAUGCAUGGCUUGCUCUUACCAUGAAGCUAUUGGAUUGUUUCAAUUCUAGUCUUGCUUAUACAUCAAGUGAGCAAGAAUGGAAGAUAUUAAUUGGGAUAUUGUGCCUUAUUUUAAACCAUUCAGCAAACAAGGUGCUUAUUGAGCCUGCAAAAGCCAUAAUCUUGAAUAAUUGUUUGGCUUUGUUGAUGGAUGGUAUAGUUCAAGAAGCUUGUGCAAAGGGCCCAUCUUUAUUUCAACACAAUCAGGAGACAACCUUUGGGGAAUUAUUGAUUCUUAUGCUUUUAUUGAUAUUUUUCUCUGUACGAAGCCUGCAAGCGAUCUUAGAGGCAAGCAUUGACUGGCAGGAAUUCCUGCAAUAUUCAGAUGACACUGAGUCUUCCUCUGUUCUUGGCAUUCCGUGCCAUGAUUUGUGUCGUCUCAUGCACUUUGGCCCUUCUCCCGUAAAGCUUAUUGCUUCACAAUGCCUGUUGGAAUUGCUUAACAGAAUUUCAGAUCAGAGGAGCUGUCUUAAUGCUGAGUUAAGAUGCUCUGCAAAGUAUCUGAAGUCCAUGAUUGCAGUGACAGAGGGAAUGGUCUUCGAUCAAGAUAGUAGAGUUGCUGAAAAUUGUGGUGCCUGUCUCACGGUGAUUUUAGGUUGGGAGAGAUUUGGAAGCAGAGAGAAGGCGGUGAUCAGAGAAUCUAAAUGGUCUAGGUUAAUAUUGGAGGAAUUUGCAGUUGCCUUGACUGCUCCUGGUUUGACAUCCAAAUCCUUCAGUAAUCAGCAGAAGAUUGCAGCAAAUAUAGCUCUUUCAUUGCUCCAACUGAGCCAAGUACCAGAUUGGUUGACAUCGUUGUUCAGUGAUUCUUUGAUAUCUGGUAUAGUUGCUAAUCUUUCUGCUAGGAAUGUUACCGCGGAAAUUGUCACUCUCUUCAGUGAACUUAUGGCCAAAAACUAUCUCAAUCAAGAACACAUUGCUGGUCUACACAACUUGUUCCAGGUCUGCAGGAGACAGGCCUAUGAGGGAGGCGGCGGCUCGAAGGCGCAGCCCUCGGAGCAGAAGGCUGCGGCGGCGAGAUGCGCCGACGACGUGCGUGCUUUGCUCUUCGGCAUGAUGCUGGAGCAGCGGGCGUGCUCUCGCGCCACCGUUGAGAUGGAGCAGCAGAGACUUCUCCGUGAGAUCGACUCUUUCUUCUUCCAGGAGUCGAGCCUGCGAGAACAGAACAGCGUGAAGUAACCCAAGUCUCAAGGUCUUAAGGCCAGCCCCCGGCCAACAAACCAGGCACCUCGUACAGCUCCCCCCUAAUCCGUAUAGUUUUUUUUUUUUUUGACAUUCCUAAUCUGUAUAGAUGCUUAUAAGUAAUUAGGGAUACUCACAUCUUCCUUGUUGAUAGUGUUUAAAGGGCGCAAAAAUUAAUUUGCCCCUCAAUCAUGAAAAUUGUUGAAGCUCCAUGCCAAAAUUGGUCUGCAAAAGCAACCCUUAAACGAAAUGGAAUACACCAAUCUUUCGAAAAAAAUAUGUACAGUUGAUCCUUGAAAAA